UCACAAAUUGCAUUGUGGGAAAGACAUUAGCGCUCCAUUUUAUUUUUAUAAUAGACUUUCAGAAAUUCUGUGAGAAAAAUGUCGAAAAGAAAAAAGAGCGCAGCUCUAAUCGAUUCAGAUAGUGAAGAAAGUGACAGUGGAUCAAACAUUGAUGAAGAUCUGAAAGCACUGGCUAAAAGCAAAAGGAAACGACCAAAUUCUGAAUCUCAAAACUCAGCAGCAGCAUCACAGAGUGAUUCCGAUUCUGAGACAUCUGAAAGUGAUGAUGAUUGGACAGUAAAUGGCAAAGGUAAAAAGAAAAAGAAGAAGGGAAAAGCUGCCAAAAAGACGAGCAGGAAAUCCUCAGCUUUAUCGUCUUCCGAGAGUGAAGCUGAAAGUGAGAAACAUGUUUCAGAACCCGAGGAAGGUGAAGUGUCAGAGUCUGAUAGCCCAGCUGGUAACUCGGGGUCUGAAUAUGAAUCAGAUAAAGAGACUUUCAACGAUGGCUAUGAUGAAAACUUAAUCGGAGACGAAGAAGAUCGAUUACGCCUCGAAAAAAUGACUGAAAAAGAAAGGGAACAAAUUUUGUAUAACAGAAUCGAAAGAAGAGAAGCUCUAAAAACAAGAUUUGAUAUAGAAAAGAAAUUAAGACAGGCCAAAAAACAGCAACAAAAGAAAAAAGACAAGCAGUUUGCUGAGUCUUUGUUAGAAAGGUCCACAAGUCAGCGUAGUAAAGAAAGACGGAAAAAUAUUGAAGAGAAAAAAGAUUCAGGGAAAUUUUCUGUCCUUAAAGAAAUAAAGGCCAAGAGAGAAGAAAAGAAGAGACAAGAAGAGGCCACUAAACAAAAGAAAUUAGAAGAAAAAAGGAAAAAGACCCUGAAAGCUGAUGAUAUUUACUCUGAUGAUGAGGAUGAAGAUGAAGAUGAAGAGGAAAAUGAGGAUGAUGUUCGUAAAGAUAAUAAAAUGGAGGUCCGUGAAGCAAAAUCUGAAUCUGAAUCAUCAAGUGGUGAAAGGUCAUCAGAUGAGGGGUCACAAUCAGAAAACGAAUAUUAUAAUUACCAGAGAUCAAAGAAAAAAGUGCAGUAUGUGUCUACGAAGGAACAAUUACAAAAGGUCAGACUGUCUCGGCAUAAAAUAGAGAGAUGGGUACAUAUGCCUUUCUUUAGGAAAACUGUGGCAGGUUGUUAUGUAAGGAUUGGUAUAGGAAAUCAUGAAGGCAGAGCUGUAUAUAGGGUAGCUGAAAUAAUAGAUGUUGUAGAAACAGCAAAAGUUUACCAAUUAGGGACAACUAGAACAAAUAAAGGAUUAAAACUAAGACAUGGUCAUUCAGAAAGGGUUUACCGAUUAGAGUUUGUAUCAAACCAAGACUAUACAGAUUCAGAAUUCUUUAAAUGGAAAGAAGCCAUGUUGUUAGGAGGUCUAACAUUACCAACUGUAGAUGAUAUUGAAAAAAAAGUCAAAGACAUUGCAGAGGCUGCAAACUAUAAAUUUAAGGAAAACGAUAUUGAAGAAAUUGUAGCAGAAAAACAAAGGUUUAAAAAGAAUCCUCAUAAUUAUGCUGUAAAGAAAACCAUUUUAUUGAAACAAAAGGAAAUGGCAGACAUGGAAGGCAAUGUUGAUCAACAAGGUAAACUUCAACAGGAAUUAGAAGAUUUAGAGGAAAGGGCAACUGAGUUAGAUCGGCGAAGGUCACAGAAAAUUAACUCUAUCAGUUACAUCAACCAGAGAAACAGACAGCGUAAUUUGAUAGAAUCAGAAGAAGCAUGUAAAGUUGAAGUAGCAGAAAUGAAAAAUAAAGUAGCUGAUCCAUUUACCAGACGACAGUGUCGUCCGACCAUGGUUACCAAGGUUGGUUUGCAGGCAAAGGAACCAUUGAAAGAAGCCAAAGAAGGUCAACUUAAAAACGAAAGCCAAUCAUUGAACCUCAAACUCCCAUCAUUGAAGGCUGAAGAACAAAGAGAUCAUAGAAAGAUAUCACCUUUAAAAACUACAGAUAAAAAGCAACAAGAUUUAUUUGCUGAUCAUGAUUUUGAUAUAACAAUAGAUCUUGACGUCACCUCAUCAGCUCCCUCUAUGAUUGUUAAUAAAACCAGUGAAACCAGUCGUGAAGGAGCAGCACCAAAACGAUCCCUUAACCUAGCUGAAUAUAAGAAGAUGAAAGGACUUAUUUAGUACCAGUAUGUGUGUGUGUGUGAAUGUUUGUGUGUGAAUGAUGAAGGAUGUUUGAGUAGGUGUGUCUGAUCUGAAUCAUGUGUAUGUGUGUUGACUUUUCAUUUCAUUUCAAAAUAUGUGUUUUCACUACAGAGAUGUCAUGUUUAUCGUUUUUUUAUUUAGUAUAUCUUGUUUUAGAGAAGGACAUAUAUAGCAUAUAAUUCAUGUAAGAGAGUCUGAUAGAAAAAUUCUCUGUCACUUACAGUAUCAUUAAAAAAAACUUGCAUUAUAUGGACCAUGUUUAAGGAUUAAUGGAUGAGCGAAGUGG